UCCCCUCCCCCUUCUCCCCAGCUCAAGCUCGGCCAACAGCUCCCGCCUCGGCUCCCCCUCCCAGAGCCCCCUCCCAGAAGCGGAGCCCACGCGAGGGCCCCUCUCCCGCCCUCCAGCCCAGCCGCCUGGCCAGAACAGCAACCCCAGGGGGCAGCCCCCCGCCAGCUUGCCUCCCUCCAGCCCUGCCAGAUCCCCCCAACCAUGAAUCUCUUCCGAUUCCUGGGAGACCUUUCCCACCUCCUAGCCAUCAUCUUGCUACUGCUCAAAAUCUGGAAAUCCCGCUCGUGUGCCGGGAUUUCAGGGAAGAGCCAGGUCCUGUUUGCUGUGGUGUUCACUGCCCGUUACCUGGACCUUUUCACUAACUACAUCUCACUCUACAACACGUGCAUGAAGGUGGUCUAUAUUGCCUGCUCCUUCACCACAGUCUGGAUGAUUUACAGCAAGUUCAAAGCCACUUAUGAUGGGAACCACGACACAUUUCGGGUGGAGUUCCUCGUUGUUCCCACGGCCAUCCUGGCAUUCCUGGUCAACCAUGACUUUACCCCUCUAGAGAUCCUCUGGACCUUCUCCAUCUACCUGGAGUCGGUGGCCAUCCUGCCGCAGCUCUUCAUGGUGAGCAAGACAGGCGAGGCGGAGACCAUCACCAGCCACUACCUGUUUGCGUUGGGCGUCUACCGCACGCUCUAUCUCUUUAACUGGAUCUGGCGCUAUCACUUCGAGGGCUUCUUCGACUUCAUCGCCAUUGUGGCUGGCCUGGUUCAGACAGUCCUCUACUGCGAUUUCUUCUACCUCUACAUCACCAAAGUCCUAAAGGGGAAGAAGCUGAGUUUGCCAGCGUAGCCCUGGUCCUCGCCAUCCCUCUCCUCCAGUGGCCGGCCAGCCAGAGGCAGAGGAAGGUGACAAAGACAAGAGCCUUCCUGUCCAGGGGUGACUUUGUUAAGAACCAACCACUCCCCAUCCCCCUCCUGCCGGGUUUCAGGGGGCGGCGGAUGACCCAAGACUUGGGGAGCUCAGGACCUGGGCUGUUUGUAGUUUUUUUGCCUUUUAGAGAAGAAGAAAAAAAUCUUUCCGCUAUUUAGUUUUUGAUUCUGAUGACUCCUUUCUCUUCUACUCUCUGGCCCCGAUUUUUAUAAAUGUCCUAUAUGGGGGGGUGGGGGGUGCGAUUACAGGGUCCGAGAUCUUGUCUCUCCACCAAGCCCCUCACCUCCCUUCCAGAUCCUACCCCCAGCCCCACUGUUUGCCAAACACUAAAUCUGCCACACCUGCCUCCCCGACCUCCCACCCUGGCCAUCAACACAGCCCCCAAACUUCUGGGCUGGGGAGAGGGAGAUGGGGAGGGAAGGUCUCCACUGGUUUUUCAUAAUAAUUUUUUCCCAGAGUUUGGGGUUUUUUAGUCUUGUCCUCGUUUUUGGGGCAAUUUAGGGGCACAAGGGGCCGGGCAUGGGGAGAGGCCUGGCCCGAGGGUCACCAUGACUCUGCCACCAUGUUUUUGUACAGAAUUGAUGGUUGAUUCUUUGUUCUCUUGAAAUAAACCAAGGAAAAUGGUG